GGAUAAUGUGGGACAAACCUGGCAACCUUGUCUAUGCGCUGGAUAAAGCAUACAGUAUGGCGGACAACGAAAGUGAUUUGGAAACUGACGGGCUUGAAUUAGCUCUGGAUUCACUGUGUCUUAGACACUGCAGGGACGAAUCGUCUCUAAACAGCAAGGACUACUGCUCUGAGUUUUGUGAGUUGGUGGAGGAGUACACAGCCCAGUGGCAUGUUCCUCUGCCUCAACUCAAGGUGCUGCGGACUGCUCUCUGCAAUUUUACCAAAGCCACAUCUGCCUUUCCUGAUGACUGUCAGCACGUCCAGUAUGUCCUCAGCAGUCUGGCCUUGAGCUUCUUUGAGCUGAUGCUGUUCUUUAGCAGGGAGGAAUUUGUGGAGGAGCCUUUGAAAAACAUCCUUGAUUGUUUUCAGGAAUGCCACUUGAAACUUUUGAGGCACAGGAACAUCUAUCUUCAUCAUGUGAAGCAGGUUAUCAAAGGUGGAGGUCCGUGGGAGAAUUCGGUGUUGCAGAGAAUUCUGAAAGAGGGAGAAGUGCCACAGAGUGAAGUUGAUGACUACUUCAGUACAGAAUUGCCUAUCUUUUUGGAGCUGCGCGUUCGAUAUCUGCAGGCCUGUGAGCGGAUGCAGGAGGCCAUGGCUCUUUCUAAAAGCUGUCUGGAAAACCAGGAGACUGGGAAGCAUCUUUACUUCCAUCAGGCCUACCUGACGUGCCUCUACAAGGCCUCUCUGUAUGAAAACCUUCAGAAGGAGAUGGCAGAAAUAGACGGCCGUGAUGCAGUCGAGAUAAUCUGCAACACUGAGAGCGUGGAAAAAGACGAGCUUUUGUUGUCGCUGUGUAAAGCUUUCCUCACUCGGCAGUUGCACAAAGGGGACAUGUAUUACAUAUGGGACCUCGUCUUUAUCUGGAGCAGAUUGCAUCUGAGGGCCUAUCCCUCCCGUCAAGGCUUCCUGGCUGAGUGCUCAGAACUCGCUUCAUCUGCCACCAACGUCAGAGCCAUCUUCCCCUUCAUCAAGCUGCUCACUGAGCUUGGCGGUGAGGGAGUUGAGGUUGCUGUGGAGCUCUGUGGCAGGGCAUUGCAGCUCUGUGAUAUGCAGAGUGACACUGUAACCCGCUCACUUGUCUGCAAGACCAUUGCCUUCCUGCUGCCUCAUGACCUGGAGAUCUGUCGCGCGUGUUCCCUGCUGGUCUUUUGCCAGGAGCGAAGCCUGGAGGCGUACCGGACUGUGUGUCUUCUUUACAGGCAUCCAGAUCAGGAGCAACAUCCUCACAACAACCCUCUCCGGACCAAUGUUCGCUUCCAUAUUCUGCAGAUGCUGAAAGAGCGGCUGUGCUUUGACCCUGAGUUUUGGAACCUGCUCACACUCAGGACUCACUGCUUAGAGUUGAUCAGCGAUAAGGUCAUGAAGGACGCCGUUCUCGACGAGAUGAAGGCGGAAGAGGAAAAGGAAUCUAGUGAAUAUCUCUUACCGAAUAACUGCGUGAAUGAGUCGUGCACCCUCUGUCUCAAUUCAUGCCUCAGCAUGCCAGGUCCAACUGAGAGCGAAGGCCUUCCUGUUAUCCCGGUUGUGGUUAAAUCAGAAACGAAGUGUGUUCCAGGAGGCCAUGUUCAUCUAAGGAGGAGGAAAUGGAAGAGAUUGAAGCAACCUUUGUCAGACGAUGAGCUUGACUUUGUUGAUGAUCCGGAAUUUAAAUACAAUCUCAAACCCACUUCUCUGAGUAGUAAACCCAUGUACUCUCUGAGAUGCACCCAAAUAAAAGUGGGGAACUCUGCCUCUGUGAUACUUCCUUCAAACCACAAGAGAGAAUGCUUGUCCCGAAGUGUUAAGAACCAGAUUUUUAAAAGAAGGGGUCGGAAGAAGAGAUGGUUGCAGGGUCUUCCAAAGACGGAGCAAGUCCAGACGUUUACGGUUAUCAGAGUUGGUGGUAAAAAGCGAGGAAGGAAGCCUUUACCGAAGCUGGAGUUAUCUUUCCCUGAUAAUGAACUUCACCUCACAGAGGAUACAUGUGGAGUUGAGGUGGAAACGGAAACAGAAGACAAACGGGAAGUUGUACCUGAUUUGGAUGAUAUCCCUUCAAGCUUUGGUAAACACACGGAAGAGGUAGUUCAGCAUCUGAAUGAACUUAUGGAAAACAACAAAGACUCAAGUAUGGUUAUUGGUUCCAGUCUCGGUGAACAACCUCAAACAUGUUUGGAAUCGAAACUUUGUGAAGAUCUACCGAGCGAGCCCCAAGCUGCUGCUGCCGUUGCUGUCGAAGCUGACCCCGAGCUCGAUGGUCCCGUCUUUGAGUUAUUGGAUAAUCCAGUUGAGUUGCUACACAGUUACUCCCUCCUGUCUAGAGAUGCUGAAGGUGAAGAACCAAAACCUCCAGAACUGAAGCCAUCUGAUGAGGUUAAUGGUAACAUAAAGCAGGUGUCCGACGUGGAAACAGAAGAACCAGAAACUGAGAUAAAACCCAUAAAAACAUGGCGGGAGAAAUUGCUGCGGACUCAACAGUACGGCCACUUAAGUUAUACCUGCAAGAUCUGCCGUAAAACGUUCAAGGGUUUGAAUGUGAUGAGGCACGCAUUCUCACAUUUAAAGAAUAGGAAACUAAAAUGCAUUCUCUGUGGGAAACGCUUCAAGCUUCUGCCUUUGGCCAAAAAGCAUAUUCUCGAACACAUUAAUGAAAUGUCAAAUCACAAACCAAACGUGGAGCAAAUGCAGGAGAAUCCACCUACUAAUGGAAUCGUGGAAAAAGAGCACCCGCCCGAUAAAGAAAUCGAGAUGCCCGUCGCCGAAAGCGAAACUUCUGAACAGAAACCUAAAUCCAAAUCCAAAAAGCAGGUGUUGAUCCUGAACAGGGAGGAACGGAUCAUCAGAAAUAUCCGCGUCUUGCUCAAAAAGACGGCUAUGUUUAAUAAAAGAAGCAAAAACCCGAGCGCAGAGAUUAACCAGAUUGAAUUCACAGAUGAGCAAGUUGUCAUUACAGACGGUCUGGUGAUAAUAAAGAAUGUGGCUUCGAUAAAGGAGGAGGAGGGGGGAGAGGGCCAGGAGACCCCAGUGGGGGAGAACGGUUGCAGUGUGGAUUACACGUAUCCCUUGUGCCCGUCAGACGUCUGCGAUCGAGUUUUCUUGAAACUGAACAGCUCGCUGACGAGGCAUGCCAUCAAAUGCCAUCUUGGUGAAGAGAAGGUUCUGGAGAAGACUUACAUUUGGUCCAAACACAAGUGCUGCUUCUGUGUCAGGCACAUGCAGUUCCUGGAUCAGUAUAAGCACCACAUGAAGCUCCACGAUGAUCCUCUGCCGUUCUUCUGCUACCACCUAGACUGUAAACAGCGCUUUGCAACACAGCCAGAGUUAAAGGACCACAUCAACACCCACCAGCCCUUCAGACCUCAGUGUUCAUUCCCAGACUGUGAGAAGCUCUUCUCAUGUUUUCAGGGUCUUUCCGACCACGAAUGGAGACAUUACAUCCCGGUGCCACAGAGGAAAGAGCUCGACCUUGGAGCCAACCCGAAAGACGAGGUGAGCAAAGAAGCUCCAUGGAAGCAGAGGGUAAAAAUUGAAGAAAUUUGGCUUCAGAAUAAAAAGUCCCAAAGCCAAAUGAGUCCUACUCCUGAAAAAAUCAAAACUGAAGACGAGGAAACUAGCCUAGACAACAUCCAGGAUUUAGCUACAUAUGAUAACUGUCCAACAGCAACAACAUUUAGCCCUGAAAUCGUAGAAGAUAAACCCUCAAUCAAUGGAUUUGAGGAAGCGACAAAACUUGACCCAGAGGAAUCCAAGGCUGCAACUGGUGCUGCGAAAACCCCUAAAAAGAAACCUCAAAAAAAACCGAUCAACUGGGACGUCAUAAAUAUCAGAGAGUACCAAGAUGUCUCCACUCUGGCUGAGGGAGUCCAGAAGAACAUAGCAGAGCCGCACAUCACGGAGCACAAGACCUUCAAACCCGAAGAUCCCGCCUAUGCCCAGUUCGUAAAAACCCCCUUUGUCCGACCGCCGCCCUCCACCUACUUGGACGAAUCAGUGCUUUCAAUGCGGAAGAGGAGUUCCGCUGAUCAGCAGUCUGUAAAAAAAUAUGUCAACAAGAAGAAGAUGAGAGAGCUGGCUGCAGAAAAGGCAAAGGAGAACGUGGUCGUCCCGGACCAGAAGGUCCGACAUCGCUGCGGCAAAUGUCUGUCCUCCUUCAGCACACUGGAGGAAUUACAAACGCACGAAGGCCGCAACACCUGCUCCUCCCUGUUUGGUUUUGAUUCAGACGAUGAGAGUUAGCCUCGUUGGUUCACUGAUCAGAACAUCAUGGCACAAAACCACUUAACUCCAUUCAUAAACCGAUUGUGUUUGAAGACGAGCUGUGAAUUAUUGUUUUCUUUUGUCUCGUUUCCAUAUCCACAGCAGGAGAUCAGCAACAAAAUGUGUAAGUUGAUCCUGAAUCGAGCAAUAAUUUAAAGGAUGCAGCUUAUGUACUUGUAUUACAUUUAAUCAAACAACAAACUCUGAUUUUGAUUUUAUUUAAAUUAAUUUGUACUAGUUACAAUUAUUAUGCAAGUUAUAAUUGCAUAGUUACAAACCUGAGUACUUCAGAGACUAAAAGGGCAAAAGUAAUGGACAACUGUUAGUCUAGAAAUAUCUAAAUUAGAAUAUUUUCUAUUCAAUUUAUUAAUUAUCAGUAAUGACAUAAGAGCCCCCAAGAUUUUUAAGUGUUUAGUUUAGGUGAGGAAGAAAGCCAUAUUAUUAUUUUUAUCUUUAUGACAUUUGUCAGUUAGCCGCAUAGCAGUGAAGCAUCAUCCUGCAUAAAAAAAAAAAAAAAAAAUUCUUCAAAUUUGCUGGACGCUCUUAUCUGUACCGUUUCAGACGGCGCUGAAGAAGAACAUGCUCCUUAAUUACAGACAUACGAAUCACCUUACAUACUAGCAUUCAA